AUGUUAUCGAGUUUCCAGUCAUUCAGAUAUACUUCAUAUACAGUUUGUUGUGUAAGUAAACAUAAGAGCCAGGCCAGAGAAAAGAAAAUUCUGGCUUUCGUCAAUCUUCAAUCAUCAAUCAUCCCACAAGCUGAAGAGAGUAGCAAUUCACCUGAUUGUAAGAGAAAUUCUUUUUCUAAUAAAUCCACGAGAAACUCUAAUGCUGUUGGAAUUAUUGGAGGUGUGAUGGUCGAUUCGACUUUGAAUUUUGUAAAGAAGUUGACUUUGCAAGAUGAAGAAAAUGGUCUUCCCUUUGUCCUUUGUUCCGACCCGAUCCUAAGUAAGGAGCUUUUAGACCUCGAAAGAAGUUCUUGUCGGUUUCUUUCUGGAAAAAACGAGUAUGCACGUAUCGAUCAGAGCUCGAUUAUACAAAAUUUAAGGCAGAAAAGAAUGUUUCUCGAGAAGUCUGGAGUUUCUUGCAUUGUAAUGCCUUGUCAUAUAUCACAUUGUUGGCAUGAUGAGGUUGCAGAGGGAUGCACCGUUCCUUUCCUUCAUAUGGGUGAAUGUGUUGCCAAGGAGCUCAAGGAAGCCAAGUUGAGGCCACUUGAGGCUGGAAGUUCUCCACGAAUCGGAGUUCUAACCACCAAUGCAACUUUGACAGCAAGAUUCUAUCAGGAAAAACUUCAAACUGAGGGUUUCGAGGUUAUACUGCCAGAUAAAGCAACAGUGGAACACACACUGAUCCCUGCAGUGGAAGCAUUAAGCAGAAAAGACAUUGAAGGGGCACAGAAUUUGUUUAGAAUUGCUUUGCAAGUUCUACUGAUCAGGGCUGUCAACACUGUUAUCCUGGCCUCUGAUGACGCUAGGGAACUUUUGCCACCGAAUGAUCCUCUAUGGAAGAAAUGCAUUGACCCUAUGGAUGCAUUAAUCAGGUCAACAGUCAAGUAUGCUCAAUCAUCUGAUGGAGCUUUGAAUAGUUUGGAGGCUUGUCUUCUACACGAUAGUUAUGUUCUACAUCUUGCCUGCUAUCCCGUGACUAGACGGCCCAGCCCACCUUUACACCCGUGCUUUGCUGUCUAA